AUGACUGCUCUGGUUCGACCUGGAGUCCACGUUUCAGAGCUGUGUGAGGAUGGAGACAAGCUCCUUGCGGUCGGAGAGCUGGGGCGAGCUACCGUUCUCUAUCUGUCUGCCUUCAGGACUCACGCGGCCUCCACCGUUUCCCACAUGCGGAAAUUGAAGUCACGUCUGGACGGGGUGAUCUCAACUUUAGAAGGUUGGCUUGACAGUCAUGAGGAGAAUCACCCCGCCAAGGGUCUCAAUAAAGGUCUUGCAGCUGUGUUUCUCUCCACGCUCUGCCCCAACAAUCUGUCAGCCACCAUUUUCAAGAUGGAGUCCCUCCUUCAGAGUGGUGGGCACAGCUGCGGGGAGAUUUUUGCUCGCUGCACUGCUCUGCUUGAGGGGAUGGGGAACCCUCAUCCACCAGAUGUGACUCACGUGGUGUUGGAGAUAACUCGUGCCCUGGCCUGCUUGUUCUCAGAGCCUCACAGCACCAAGGGGCUGAAGCUUUACCUCAAAGCUUACCAGAGUAACACAUCUGAAACCAUCGCUCUGGUGAACAGCAGACAAGCUCAGCACCGACCCAAAAUAGUGAAGGCCUUUACAGAUCAAUUACUGCUCAUACAUCCCUCAAUAAUAUCUGACAGUGAGUGUGCAGUGACAACACAGGAGAAAGAGAAGUUAGAUGUAGAGACUUCUGGGACAAUUAUUGGGUUUUUGUUGGCUAUCUCCCCUGGCAACACAGAAGUGCAGGAACUUCAUGCAGCAUUUUUGUUUUUGACAGGCAGCUUUUGGGACAGUGCAGAUGUGUACUCUGCUCUUUUGCCUCUUAGUCAUGGUCAGAAAACAUCAGAGAGUAGUACAGACAAGUCACUCCAAGACACUCCGAAGAGGAGAGCGAGACUCUUGGUCAGUCGAGCAGCCGCCUGCGUGUCGGCAGGUGGCCGGACUGCCGAGGCGUGCAGGGAUCUGGGGGAGGCGUUUGAGAUUCAUCCUGCCACUGCCCGCACUUAUUUUCAAAAGCUAUUCACAGAUCACGGCACAGGGGUGGCUGCUCGCAACCAUCUCCGUCAGCAGGCGGAGCGGGGCCUGUCUGGUUUCAGAGAAAGGGUACUCAUCCGCACAGACCUGCGAUCCACUGAAGGAGUUGAGCUCCUGGACCCUGUGAUCACUCAGUUACGGACUCUGUGCUAUUUAGAGGCCGACGGAGGAGGAAGAGAGCUGCGGGUGCGACUGGCCGACUGUCUUCUCCUCAGAGGGGAACACAAAGAGGCCCUCUCUAUCUGUAGCCAGCUGGCUGCUGCCCGAGGCCAGCAGAGCUAUCAAAACACGGUGCAGGUUCUUCGUGGAUAUGCACGCCUUCUCUCGGAUGACGACAAGGGGGCAUUAGAAGACUUCAAGGCUGUGAUUGAACACAAUACCCCCCACCCGUCCAGCUGUGUGCGGGCCCUCUGUGGCAGGGGGCUCCUGCGCAUGAUGGGCAGGUUAAACUACCUCACAGCUCUGGACUUUGUGACAGCCAGCAUGCUGCUCCCACAAGAAACGGCGCUGACGGUGCGCUGCUUGGUGCCGUGGAACUACCGGGGGCUGCUGUUUACUGUCUUGCUGGAGCAGGGACGAGUCAUGCUCGAGGGGACGGCUGGACAAGAAUCCAAGUCCAGUUCCAGUGAAGAAUCCCGACAGCCGCAGGCCCCAGCAAAGAGAGACAAGGACAGAUCAGGUGCUGCUGGGGUCCAGUCUCUGGCUGUGCUGCUGAUGGAGCUCCAGCCGGGUGCUGAUGGGGCUCAGAUCCUCGCAGCAGAUGCCUUGUACCAGCUCGGCCGGGUGGAGGAGGCCUACCGGCUACUUCUUUCCAUCGGGCCUACCGGUCCUCGGGCCCCCAUCCUGGCUCGACUCGCCCUGCUGCAGCUGCACAGAGGAUUUCUUUAUGACACCAAUCAGCUGCUGAAAAAGCUCAUUCAGUGCAGCGACACCAGCUGCUUGCGGCCCCUGUUGGCCGUGGCUCAACAUAAGGACCGGGUUCUGCUGCAGGGCCACUGCCACUCUGCUGCAAAACGAAUCCUGGAGGGCACGCGGGAGGAGAGCGACGUCAGGGAGGCUGUGGCAUAUCUCUCCAUCGCUAUCAUCGCCUCGGGUGGCGAGGCAGCAGAGUCUUUGCUGGAGAGAGCGAGGUGCUAUGCCCAGCUGGGCCAACGAAAGACAGCCAUCUUUGAUUUCAGUGCCAUUCUGAAGGAGCACCCAAAACACAUCCAGGCUCUCUGUGGAAGAAGCUUCACUUAUCUCAUGCUGAACCAACAAAAGGAAUGCACUCAUGAUAUCCUGGCAGCACUUCAGAUAAACAGUGACAUAGUCACCAAAGACAUCCUGUCACUCAAGGACAAGGCACAGAAGCUGGUCUGUGAUUGGCUGCAUCAGUUCUGUCGGACUAAUCUGUCAGACGUCCUGCUCACUAAAGCCGUCCCCUGCCAUGAAGAGCAGCUCAGAGAGGCUUUUACAAUUGGUCGAGCUCUGAUGAAGAUUGACUGCAGAGACCCCAGAUGGCAUCUCCUCUAUGUGGACACACUUAUAGCCAAAGGUGAAGUCAAGGUAGCAGGCGCUCAUCUGUGCCAGGUGUUUGGCGAGGAGCCAAGAGAUGCAGUGGCCCAGGCCAGGGUGGGUGUGGUGGAGGCCUGGCAGCAGAACUACCUCAGCGCAGCUCUCAGGCUUAGCAAACUGACUGAAAAGGAUUCAUCAAGUCUGGUCUUCCUGCUGGCCCUGAUCCCAGCCAAUCAGCGAAAACGCAUGGCGCAGGCUGCAGCAAAGGAGGCCAGCAGUGUGUCAUCGGGUGGCCAGUGGGAUCAGGCCCUCACACUCCUGAAUGUGGCAGUAAAAGCUGUGGGAAAUCACAGAGACCAGUAUCUUCGCCAGCGGGCUGCCUGCCUCGCUCAGCUGGGCCUACACGAGCGGGCCAUAGCUGACCUGGACAGAGUUAUCCAGAAACACAAGGGACCUGACUCCAGCUGCUCGGAUGAUUCUCAAGUCUGGGCAGAGGACCUGUGUCGACGAGGCCGCAGCCUGGUGCUCUGUACCAGAGAAAGAGCAGCUCUGGAGGACUUCAGUCGGGCCUUGGAGCUCCACAGGAACCAGGCCAUCCGCUGUGUGGAGGCUGGUCUGGGGAGGGUGCGUCUGGCUGAGUGCUUCCUGCGGGGGGCGCUGCAGCACUAUGGGGAGCAGCAGCUCAAUGGAGCCUGGACAAUGAUUGAGUGUGGCCUCAUUGUGGACAAUGAGAACACAGAGCUCCGCAGACUGAGGUCAAAGGUCAAACGAGAAGCUGCCAGUCCCUGCAAUGUCAACUAGUGUUGGUAAUGAGAAGUAAGGAGCUUCAGCUGAGCUCAGUCAAUGAAGCCACGAUCCAACUGAUGAGACAUCUUCUACAAUUUUAUAACACGUUUGAUGGUUCUUUGGAAGUUUGUAGCAUUAACAACAGUGUUUGUUAUUGAAUUCAUCGAUAUCUUUAUAAUUACAGAAAUUCACUAUAUUGUAUAUGGGAGGUGAAUGUGACAAGUAACACCACAGAUUUAUUUCAUAUUUUAUUCAACCAUAUUUUAAGAACAAGUUUAACGUUGGCACUUUAUAUAUUUUAUAAAUGGAACAUCGGUAAUGCAAUUAUUUUGGUAAUUUAAACAAAGCAGGAUUGUGAUGAUCAAUAAAUGGAACGUCACAUUAAAUAUGAUUUAAUUCAAACAAUCACACCUAAAAUAAGAUAUAUAAGAAAGUGGCUCAUGUGCAGGUUUUAUGCUUUUGAAAUGGAGAAGGCACACUUUUCUUUAUUCAAAUCCAUGAAAGAAAACACUAUUGAGAACACAUAAAUACAUAAACAAA